GGAUCGAAAGCUCGGCCCGCGUACCUUGACGACCAGCGGAAUGGAAGCAGGCAGCUUCAGUAGCUCGCGAGCCACCAUCGUGGAUACUUCUCGCCGCGCUCGUUCGUUCGCGGUGAACUCGUGAUCGGGAACUGAAUCGACGCUUUACUUACCGGAAAUUUAUCCAAUGAAUCGCACUUAAUGUCCGCGCCGCAUUAAAAACGAGCUUGAACAUACUCCUUCGAAUAAUAGAAAUUCGAAAUCUAGCGACGGAUGUGUCGGAGAAUCCAUAGUUUUUGGGUCUUGGUGUUAGGAAGACAGUUUUAAAGAGGCGCCGGUUGCUAAAGCGUUGAUUCGGUCCUGUCAUUCAGUGAUACAAACGUGAUCAGUCGGGGCCGAUUAAUCAAUUCGUCCUGACCACUACGUACGGUGCGGUCUUGAUGAGACCGGCACAGUGCGAACCGUGAAACGAGGAUGAGGACGAUUUCGUUUGCGCCUUCGUGUCCGCGCGUCGACCACUUCGGAGUGUAAAUCAAGGGACCGAGCUUCGAACGCCAUGCGGAGUAUCUCGAUUCUGAUCCUUUGCGCCACAGGCAUUUCAGCUUUCGUGGCACAACCGUACAACGCCAGUAUUAAUUUACAAGUUACGAAUCACCUGGGAAUCGGCCAGCAGAAUGCGCCCACAAACCGUUUCGCCUGUCCCAUAGGGUUCUUCCGAUUGAAAAGAUACUGCUAUUAUUUAAGCGCAGGCACGGCACCCUGGAGGGACGCCUACUUCCAUUGCAAAGACAGAAACGCCACUCUGGCGAUCCUCGACAGAAACGGAAAAGACAGAAUGUUGAGGAAAUAUCUGAUGGGCGAUCAGUUCACAAAACUAGAAAGAUGGAUCGGAGGAAUAUUCAACUGGCAAAAGUCAGCAUGGCAAUGGGGUGUGACCGGCGAGGAAAUGGUUUUCCAAAAUUUCGGCAGACCCCAAACCAAUCAGUCGAAGCAACAAUAUGCAUGGCAUUGUAUCACAAUCGAUCCGACCCUAAAAUAUAAAUGGAGUCCACGAAGUUGCAUCGAACGAAAGCAUUUCGUUUGUGAAGUACUAGCUGGCCGCAUACCCAGGAGACGCAAGAAGAAUCCGGAUCCGUACGCACCGCAAAACCAAAGAUUAAAGCCAGGGAAGAAGGGCAAGAAAUACCCUAAAGAGAUGCGAAAGUCGCAAAAGGGCAGACAGAACAGACAGCAACAGCGGAGGAGAAGAUAUUGGGAGGUACAGAACGGGAACGACGAUUGGUCUCACGGUGUGAAAAUAGGUGCAAGGCCGCCAUCCAAUAACAGGGUGCGACAUCAUCCUAACAGGACCCAGGUGGCUUACUCUGCAGCAAAGAAACCACAGUAUCCGCUUCAGGGUCUAGAGUACGGCGCAUUUCUUGGCGACGGACCCAGCAACGAUCCGCAAAGUUUAACACACAUAAGCAGAGUUCUUUCUCCGAACACAAUCAAUGGUUUGGCGAGCGAAGAAGUACUCCGGAAACCGUGAACACAUACUGCUAGUGACGCAAUGAUAUUGAUUUAACUCUUUAUUUGGUAAUUUCUCAACGGCAACAUUUUGAGAGAUUUCUAUUUACACUGAGUUGCAUAUGUACAGAAACCAUAAAAUUCCAACUCUCGCGUCUUGUUAUUAAAUUUUCUGCUCGUUACAUACGAUGUGUGAGCGCACUGGUCGUGUUGAUACGAACAUAUUAAAGUUUCUGAAUGUUAAAAUGCUACAUAUGAAACAUUCGACUGCAGAAGAAACAGGCAAACUCCUGGCUGCUCUCGAAUGUGAUGCGUCUAUACGAGAAAUUGCUCGCAGAUGUGACAGAUUAUGUGAUAUUACGAUUUUGAAAAGAUCAGCUAAUUAUAGCCAUUAUAAAACGGCAGAUUUGACAGGAACUUCCAAAGGAACAUAUUUUGGAUUCAGUUCCUCGUUUAACGAAAUUAUCAUGCUGAUUUUACAGAUUUUACAGUAUAAAAAUAGUUCAUUCUAUUUACCAAUAUAUAAAAAUAUGUAUACCACAUUUUUUAUAACGAAAAAAAGAUAUUUCUGCAUCUAUUACGUUUUCGUGUACUAUCUGGCGCUAGAUUAAAUUCAACUGUAAUAUGGAACGCAGUGUAUUACUUUUAUAUUUUGUAUUGUAAACUGUUUUUUAGACGGUUUUCUAUUAUUUAAAUCGUAACGUUACAUUCUCACGAAUUUAGUUGUUUAUCCUUAAUUUACCAAAUGAAGAGUUAACGAAUUGAGAAUUUCGUUCCCGUGUGAAUAGUAUAACGCGUUCCAGCUGUACGGAUGCCAUUUUAGAUGACAAUGAAGCCGAGCACAGACUGAAAUAAUUUAUUCACUUAAUAUCUGCGAAACAGUUUCUCAUGUUCCUUUCUCUGAAUAGAAUUUAGAUUCUCAGCGAUUACUGUCUAGCUAGUAAUGUUACCUCAGAUGUGUAGAUUAAUAAUUUUAAUACUGGUGUAUCGUGUACGAAAUGAAAGUUGUAUCGAGAAUUCGUUUCUUUUCCUGCUACUUCAUUUGUAUGCAUGAAACCGCGAAGAAUUGAUAUUUUAGAAUGUAUUUUUCGACACUGUUUCUCGCUCAUUUGCUAAGUGUGCGAUAUUCCGAAGACAUUCGCGAGAAAGACCGAUAGAUGAUGUAAACAAAUUCAAAAUAAGAGUUUUCGGAGAUUCUUUCUAACAACAAAAAUAUUUGACUUUUAUUUUUGUGCCAUAGAAACAUAUUUUUCAAGAAUAUAUCCUUCUCGUAUGAAUGUCUUUGAAUCUUUAAUUCAAACAAUGAAGUCUUUUGUAUUUAAUAUAGACAUUUCUGUCAUACAUUAAAUAAGUGUUUAGCGUAAUAAUGUAAUAAUCAUUAUAGUACAUCACGUACCAUGAAUAGUCAGCUUGCUUGAACGUCACUUACAGUGUUUCAAAUAUACUUAAACUUCCAUGUUAUCUUGAAAAAAUAUUGUCACACAGUGUACUUCACCACUAAUGAACAAUGUACUGGUUGCAUAUCAAUAUUAAUCAAAGCAAUGCAGAAUAUUAUUAUUUAAUUUGUAUUAACAGUAUAGGAUAAGAUAAUUUUAAUAUGUUUAUUUUUUAUUUUAAUUUAUUCAUAUUAUGUAGGUAAGUAUGAUAGAAUAAAACUUUUUUAUCGCUAAAAUAUUUCAUGACACACCUAAGUUAAUAAGACUCUACUUUGAAUUGUAAGUCAAAUAUUUUUAUGAUACUGUGCUAUGCGCUUAAAUAUCUAUGUAAAUCAUCUAGAUUUACUUAGGAAAUCAAACUGUAAUUUGUGUAUGCCUAACACUGUCUCAAAAUAAUAGAAGUUCUAUCCACUAUUGAAAUAUAAUGUAUCGGUUAACAUUAUCACUCAAAAGCACCAAUAACAGUAGAGAUGAACUCAUUAUAUGAUGUUAUUAACAAACCAUUUUACACUGUUUUGUUUGUAUAUAUGACGAAUGUCAAGUUAUACUUUCUGUAUUUAAAACAAUGUACAUUAUAAUAAUGAAACAAUGCGUGUCAAAUCAUUAUUUUGACAUAUUUCUUUUGACAUAUGCAAAGAUUGGCUCUAUAUUGAUUAUUGAAGUAUACAUAAUAAUAUAUGUAACUGUAUAUGUUUGUCGAAGUUUUUAUUUUUA